GUGAUAGCAUUGCCGUUUAUCGGUGCUUAUGAAUUUGGCACUGCGCUUGAGCAUGAAUUAUUGACUGGACAUAAAAUCGCAGAUGGAGCAUUGGGUGUCUUGUUUGGCAUCACAUUAUCACCCUUGGGUCCUUUUUAUUACUUUCUAUUGUCAAUGCAAAAGAUAUUUUCAACGACGCAUCAAUUCAGUUACCUACAAUCCAUAUCAGCAUCUGAGCUAUUACUAAAAGCUCAAGAGCAAUUUGGAUUGAAUACUGAGCACUAUAAUGUCGUUCUUACAGGUUGUUCUGGCACAGGAAAAUCAUCUGUUCUUAAUGGCUUGCUGGGAUACAAGGAAAAUCAUAUGAAAGCAGCUGCUGUUGGUGAAAUAGAAACCACAUUAGAACCAAAAAAGUAUCAACAUCCUUCUCUGCCUGCUUUAUACCUUUGGGACAUGCCGGGUGUGGGUACACUCAGAAACCCAUCUAAAUCUUAUUUUGAAGACUAUUGCUUGAAUGCAUUUGAUGCCAUUCUGAUUGUGUUUGAUGAUCGUUUUAUGGCAAGUGAUGUAGAUAUCGCAAGAAAAGCCAGAAGGCAUGACAUACCAGUGUUCUUUAUUAGAAACAAAGCAGAU